UAAAAAUCAAAUUUAAUUCGACAUCCAAUGAUACAUCAAAAUAUAAUUUUAAUUGGAUGAAUAUUUAUAUUUUAUUUUGAAAAAUUUGUCAAAAAAUGCUUAAUAAUUUUUAUUUCGCGCGUUGCGUUUUCGCGCCAUUUCUUCGACUUUUUCCGUCUAAUUUUGGCACGCAUGCGUGAAUUGAUGAGACUCAAACGCGGCGAACGUAUGAAUCCUUGUUUCAGUUAUCGUUGCGACGCGAUCGAGAGAGGGUUGUAUUGUAAGGUCCUUGAAAGAAUGAGAUCAAUAUAGAACAUACAUUUUAUUUAUUCAAAUAUUUUUAUUUUUUAUUUUUAUACGCGGCAAGGAAACAGCUCAGAAUUUUAAAAUGUAGAGAAAGAAGAAAACGUGCGGCGUUUAAAAGAAGAAAGAAGGUGAAGGAUAUUUUUCGAAAAUCGUUUUUUUGUUUUUCGUUUUUUUCAAUAAAAAUGAAGACGUGCUGCGAGGGAGACCCUCGAGGCUCGUAAAGGAGAUCACGAGGGAGUGCUUCGUUCGUCGCGUUAGAGGACCUGCGACACAUCCAACGAAGACGCAGUCGUUGGAAAGAGGGCCACGAACACGUGAAUGCCAUUCUCAUCGUCGCAUGAUCAAAAAUGUCGGCGUACAAAUCGUCAGGAAGAAAAUGUUCGGAUUCCUCGGUGAAAUAAAUGUUAGGACGUGUAUAUGUUACACGUUAGUCUGGUAAAUCGACGAAGGAAGAAGAAAAGUCUGCAAGCUUUGUGAUAUAUCCAAAAGAAAAAGAGAAAGAGAGAAAAAGACAGAGAAAGAGAGAUAAGCUACACGAAACUUUCGUCUCUCGAACCUGUUGCUUGGUUCGUGCAUUUCGACGAACGAUUCGUUCAUUGGAAACGUGAACUAUCGUUCUCGAUCGAUCGUUGCAAAAUCAAAAAAAAUAAAAUAAAAAUAAAAUAGAAAAACCGAUAACGUCAAAAUUUAUUGUUUACAUCCGAGUAUAUAAAUCCAAAAUCAGUUCGUGAAGUAGAACGCUUUAUUUUUUUUUUUUUUUUACGUCCAUUUCAAUGAUUAAAUAAGCGAUAAGAACUAUGUUUAUUGUUUUAUCAUUUCGUGUUAAUUUGGUCAUAUAAUUGUUUGAGGGUUAAUUAUAAUAAAAAUGACGUUCGUUAAUUUCUUUUCAUUUUUCAUGAUUCCCUUAAAUGUUUAUCUCGUGUAUUCGAUUUUUAUACGUACGAUGGUGAUUAUAAAAAUAUCGUUCAAUCAUAGAAGGGCGAUUGACCGAGAGGGCGUUGUUCGUAAAACUAAUGUAAGAUUCAAUGGAGACGGAUAAUCUCUGUUUUAAUGAGAACGUGGAUUUUAAAGUAGAAAGAAAGAAAAGAAAAACUAUGGAGACACUCAACGUGAGUGGUGGACGUUUAUGCUUUUUACCGGAAGAUUUGGAGAUCCUAGAGGAUCCUAGGACACCGACCCUGAGAAGAAUUAGUUAUGGCAUCGUUCUGCCUGCCAUCUGUUGCUUGGGUAUUAUCGGUAACAUAUUGAACUUGCUUGUACUUACGAGGAGAAACAUGCGUGGCACUGCAUAUAUUUACAUGAGAGGCUAUUCUGUUGCGGCUUUGCUUGCUAUCCUUUUCUGCAUUCCAUUCGCAUUCAGAGUUUUCAUUCAUAAAGAGACAGGACGAUGGAACAAUUGGCCACAAGCUUUUUAUCAUGCACACCUCGAGCUCUUUCUUGGAAAUGGAUGUCUUGGUGUCGGAGUAAUGAUGUUAUUGGCACUGACUGUUGAGCGUUACGUCAGUGUAUGUCAUCCAGGACAACACACACGACCACUUUGCGGACCACCGAAUUUGACCGUGGCUCUUAUUCCUCUAGCCACUUUUUUGGUCUAUUUACCCAGUGUAUUUCGUAGCGAAGUAACUACUUGCUUUUUGACUAAUGAAGGACCACUAAUUUAUCAAAAAAGAGAAAAUCAAUCGUUCCUGCACUCUCUUUUCUAUCAGGUAUAUAAAGUAGUGCUCGAAGUCGUUUUCAAGAUCGCACCAACAAUAUUGUUAGCCGGUUUCAAUCUGAGAAUUAUGAUAGUCUAUAGAAGAUCUUGUGAACGACGUCGCCGCAUGACUUUAUCAAGAACCGUGAGCAACGAUGAAGAUUCUAGGACAUUUGCCGAGGAACGAAGAUUGAUACUUCUUCUCGGUAGCACCAGUAUACUCUUUCUGGUUUGUGUCAGCCCGAUGGUUAUUCUGAACGUCACUCUGAGCGAGAAUAAUCUCAGUUAUUUUUCUUACCAGGUUUUUCGUGCAUUAGCCAAUCUUCUGGAAGUCCUCAAUUAUUCCAUCACCUUCUAUAUUUAUUGUCUCUUCUCAGAGGACUUCAGAAAUACCUUGAUGCGUACAUUACAGUGGCCUUGGCUCAAAGGUGAACAAGGAGGACGUAAAGUACCUAUGAAACGUUCACCAUUAACAAGACCGACUACGACAACGACUCCACCUACAACUGCUGUGGCAACACCAGGUCACCUCGCACGUGUCAGCGUUUAAUGCGACAUUUUUAUUCCUCGUGUCACUUUUCAUUCUUCCUUCGUGAUCGAUCCUACUAGAUUGGAAACUAAAGAGGGAUAAGAAAAGUGUCUGAUUGAAUGAUAGCCAAAGAAACAAUGUAUGCUGUUGCCGAGAAGUGCAUCCGUUUCGUGGCUAAAACAUUUUCAAACGUAUCGUAAUUUCUCUUUGAAAAGUUACUCGUUCUUCAUUUUUCUUCGCAACUUUAGAUAGUAAGUUUUUAUAUAAGAAUAAAAAAGUAAAAUCAACUGCCAAUGACGAUAAUGUAUCAUCGAUUAGACUUAAUUCAAACGUUUCUUUCUCUCUUUUAAUAAAGCUAGUAACAUUCCUACGAUCUUAAUGGAUCGAAAAAAAAAGAAAAGAAAUGUAUCGCCAGUCAUAAGUUACAAUAAAAAUGUGAUCAUAAAGCGAGAAAUGAGCUGAUCCUUCGAAUAGCCAAUUUUUUUAGAUUUUUUUUAUGAUACUUCAAACAAGUAUUGUUACACGGUUGUGUAACAAUGGAUCGAUUUUUGCUCAAAGUUUUCAAAUUGCUGUGCUUCAGUUUUAUUUAUUUAAAUAAUACAAAUCUUAAUAAUACAUAAUUAUAUUUAACUCUUUGCUUAAUAAAAGUGACCGUAGUAACUUAACGUUAAGCACUCGCUCUAUACUAAAGAUGACUAUAAUUUAAAGAUCACUAUAGUCAUCUGACAAAAUUCUGUUUGAAUUAAGAAUUUUAAGUGUCGUAACGUAUAUUAAUAUCAUCAUAGAAAUCUCUCAACACUCUUCUUAUGUUUAUUCAUUUAUAAUUCGUUUUAUAUUAAUUUUAUAUAAUUUGAAUAAUUUGCAUAAUACGACAAAGUAUCAAAUAUUACAUUCUAUGGUAAAGUGUACACUCGCGAUUAAAUUGUCUCGUACAGCAGCAAUGUACAAGCAGCCAACUCCGAAAAAAUUAAUCAAAUUAAUCAAAAUUAGUAAAAAGUAUAUUUUAAUUUCAUUAUCUUACAUUUUCUUACUCAUUCAAGAAUGUUUCUUCUAAGGAAUUAUAAACCUCCAAUUUAUGUCCUAAUCUAAAAUGAAGAUAAUAUGUAUGUGAAAAAAAUGGAUUAUUUGAAUUCUUUUGAGAGAAAUAUUUAAUAAAAUAUUUAAUAGAGGCUUACUCGUUAAAUGCAGCUGCCACUUCCGAAGCCUUUGAUGGAUGACAAACUAUAGUUGUUUUAGUUUCCGAUGGAUAAAACAAUGGUUUCACAUAGCGAAUUGCUACGCGAUUUAGAUCGUCUAUGGUAACGGUCGAUAUACGACGUACCAUUUGAUUGUUGUAAUCGUGUGGUACUUUUUUAAAGUAAAACAAGAGUGAUUGUUUAACUAUGUCAUCUAUAGUUUUUUCCUUGUUAAUAAUCUCAAAUAUUAAUGAGGAUUUAGCCGAUUCAAAAAGUAAUUUUUCCCAUUUAUCCUUGGAAAAAUGUGCUUGCUAAAAGGAAAUACAUAUUCAUGAAAGGGAAUUCAAAAUCUAUUCUUUUUCUGUUUGUUUUUUUCAGAUGUAACAUCAUUACUUACAACUAUAUUUCUUGCUUCUUUGUAUGCUGCUACAACAUUGGCUGAUUUAUACAAUGAGAAAUAUAAUAAACCUUCAUUUACUUUUGGAUAGAUACCAUAGCCAUAUGAAAGACCUUGUCCUCGAAUUAAUCUCCACAUAGGACCCUAAAAACAUGACUUUCUUCAUUGCAGAAUAUUCAUUAUAAUAUACCAGUUAUAUUUUCAUACC